UCUAUACUAAUAUAAAAGCAGAGUUUUCUGCAGCAGCCAUUUCCCGCCAAUCAGCCCAGCCUUUAGCCCAAUGGAUUUUGCUUGAUUAUCGUGCACUGGAUUAAGAGAGGGUCUGCAUUUUGGCUCCAACAUCAGCACGAUUUUGAAUUUGAAAUUUGGAGCCCAAAUUUCAGCAGCCAUUUCCCGCCAAUCAGCCCAAUGGAUUUUGCUUGAUUAUCGUGCACUGGAUUAAGAGAGGGUCUGCAUUUUGGCUCCAACAUCAGCACGAUUUUGAAUUUGAAAUUUGGAGCCCAAAUUUCUUUUCAGCCAACUGUUUUCGAAAUUCUAUAAAUACCACUUCAUUAUCUUCUAAUUCUUCACACUUAACUUCUGGGAUUUAACAUUUGUAAUAUCUCUCAUCCUUCUUUUUUCCAAAAAAAUUAUCUGAUUUCGCACUUGCAAUAUUCUUUUGUCUUCUUCGAAAAUUUCUAUAUGUUUCCUUUUGAAUCAUUUCUCUAAUUGCUGCAGAGAGCCUUUCCAUGGAAAGAGUUAUUCCACUUAUAAGUGGCAAUGAGAUGAUUUAUCUGAUUUCGUACUUUAAAGAUUCUCUUGUCUUCUUCAAAAAUCUUCAAAAAUUUCUAUUUGUUUCAUUUUUAAUCAUUUCUCAAUAUUGCUGCAGAGAGCCUUUCCAUGGAAAGAGCUAUUCCACUGAUAAGUGGCAGUGAGAAUGAUGAAUAUUCUUUAUGCUGAUUUUUCAAACUUCACUGCAUUUCGAAAAAUUCUUUUUGUUGUCUAUUUGAAAACUUUUUGUUUGAUUUUCUAUAAUGAAUAUUCUGUAUGCUCAUUUUUCUAUCUUUACUACUUUUCAAAAAUUUCUUUUUCUUUGUCUACUUGAAAACUUUUUGUUUGCUUUUUCAAAAAGAUGUUUGUUUGGAAAUGGCUAAGCUAUUCUGCAAUGACAAAGUUAAAUACAUGAUCAUUUGUACAAAAAUAAAGUACUUUGCGUUAUUGCAGAAAGAAUUUUCAUAAAGUGAUAUGUAAUCAUUUUUUCCAUGUUAGAAUGUUUAUAUGCUAAGAUAUAAUUUUUAGUAUCACAUUUUUAAGGAACCAAAAAAGGAUCUAAUAUUUGUUUAAUUUUUUUAAAUGAUUUUAGAAAAAAGUUGAAGAUGGCUCCCCUGUACACCAAUAUUGAUGCACUGGUGACAAAUAAAACAACUCAAGCCAUAAAAGUGCGCUGUGUGCGAGUGUACAAUAGAUACGUUGCUGGCUCAAAGUCCGAAAUAAUUCGAAUUGAGUGUGUUGUGCAUGAUGAACAGGGAACACGGAUACAAUUGAGUGUGCCAAACAAACUAACCAAAAUGUUUGGAAACAAACUUAAAGAAGGUUUGGUUUAUCAAAUAAUGAAUUUCAUGGUCAAGAGAAAUGGUACGAAGUGGAAGGUGACAGAUCAUGUGCAUCGUCUUGAACUCACGCCAAAAACCAUGAUUUCGGAAGUAUUUCCAAAGUGUUUUCCAAACUAUAAGUUCUCAUUCAAAUCAUUUGAGGAUAUUUCUUCAAUUCAGACUACUGAUUCAGUAGGAAUGUUUGAUGUUAUUGGAGUGAUAGCAGGGAAAGGGUUUGUGAAGAAUGACUCCGAGUCAAAAAUGGUUGAAUUAAAGUUGGAGGAUCAAAACCACAAUCAAAUCUACUGCACUCUAUGGGAGGACUAUGUUGAUAUGUUCCUCAAUCAAGCUGAUGCUGCAGACACAAGGGUUCAGAUUAUUAUUAUUCAGCUUUGUCGCCCUAACUUUUAUCGUGGUGAGAUGCGAGCAUGCACAUCUUACAAUGCUUCUCAGAUUUUUCUAAAUUCUGAUAUUCCCGAAAUAGAAGAUUUUAGGAAGCAGAUCAUUGGGAAUCAGUCAUUUUCAGCCAGGCUUGAAUUAUCAUUUGAAAAAAGUGUUGUUCAAACUGAUGAUUUCUUCAAUGGAAACAUAGUUGUUAAAACGCUCGAUGAUAUUUUCACAGUUGAGUUUCUUUGUUAUGAUUUUUGGCAGGAUGGGGAGCAUUGGAUCUGUGCCAAAAUAGACAAUGUUGACUGUUAUGCACAAUGGUGUUAUAACGCUUGCAGAAAAUGCACAAGAAAAGUGGAAAAGAAAACUGGAAGAUUUUAUUGUGGUAACUGUGACAAAUAUGAUGGAGUAGUUAAUAAGAGGUAUCAACUGAUUUUGAAUGUGGUUGAUUGUACCAAUAAUGCUUCUUUAUUGGUGUGGGAUAAGGAGGCUGUGGCCUUGGUUGGGAAAAAAGCUGUGCAAAUAUCAAUGAAUGACAAAGAGGCAGCUGAUGCCAAGAUUGUUCCAAAGGAGAUUGAUGUAGCUUUGAAUGAACGAGUUGUUAUGUUUAAGAUACAGAUGAGAUCAGAAGCAUCUUUUGUGGAGGAUAAGCCAUACACAGUUACUAAAGUUUGCACUGACCAACUGGUCAUUAAUCAUUUCUGGAAAGAGAACGAUGUUUGUGGGCUUUCUGCGACCCUGGAGGAUUUGUCUGACAAAGGUUAUUUAGAGCAGUGUGAGUCUUUAUCUCAAAUUUCAGAUAUAACAAUGGCUGGAGACCUUGGAAAGGAUUAUGGAGAUGGGAAAAGCACCCCCAUGACUGUUUCACUUGCAGAGUCGCAUGUUUUAUCAAAGAUUUCCCAAAUUACAGAUAUAUCAGCUGCUGAAGAGCUUGGGAAGGAUUAUGGAGAUGGGUUGAGCACCCCCAUGAAUGUUUCACUUGCUGAGGUUUCAAUGUCAGCUUUCGGGAAGGAUGGUGAUGGGAUGAUCACCCCAAAGGGUGAAACAUUAACCCAGAGUGCUGCAUCAUUGAAGAUUAUUAAGGAACCUAAUUGCCAUGAAUUAGUGAAGAGGAAGCUGCUAACUAAGGCUGAUAUUUGUGGGAUGUCUGCAUCUGCAGAGAAUUUGUUUGACAAAGGUUACUUGGAAGAUUGUGAGUCCUUAUCACAUAACACUGAUGUUUCAAUGGCUACAGUUUUUGGGAAGGAUUGUGAAGAUGGGAUGAUCACCCCAAAGAAGGUUACACAGACUGGGAGUGAUGCAUCAUCGAAGAUUAUUAAGGAACCUAAGUGCCAUGAAUCUGUGAAGAGGAAGCUGUUGGAUGAUUUCACAAAUGAAGAAAAUGAUAGGAAGAAGAAGGCGAGAGCUGUGAAAGUGAAGAUUGAAAAGAAUUGACGAAGCAAAUCCUUUUGUUUUUUGAACUGAUCUGUCUAAGGUUCUAAGUAGGAAUGGUCAUCUUAACUGUUAUUUCUAUUACAAACUCUAUGUUGCAGUACUUUUGUUAUGUUAGUUUUGGUUUGAUUGCAAAUAUUGAUGCUUACUUGAGUAAGCAUCAUAUAAUUUGCAGUCAAUAGAUUUAGAUGACCUUAUGUAUGAAUCUAGCAGUUUGUGUUGGUAGUAAUUAUUUUGUUUAAUCUGCAUGACCUUAUGUAUGAAUUUGCCAGUUUGUGUUGGUAGUAACUAUUUAGUUUUAUCUGGUAAA